AUGAGCAGAUCCGCCGCCGCCGACGAAAUAAUCCUCAGCUACGACGACGCCGUCCUCCGACAAUCCGAUUUGCGCAUCCUCAGCGGCCCCCGCUUCUUGAACGACAGAAUCAUCGAAUUCUACUUCAGCUACCUCUCCUCCUCCUCCUCCUCCUUUCCCUCCGAAGAUGUACUGCUGGUUCCGCCGUCGAUCACUUUCUGGAUAUCCAACUGCCCCGACGCCGACUCCCUCAGCGAAUUCGCGCAGCCGCUGAAGCUACCAGAGCGGAAGAUCGUUCUGUUCCCGGUGAACGACAACGACGACGUGGAGGUCGCCGAGGGUGGGUCCCACUGGAGCUUGCUGGCGUACCACAGCGGAAGAAACGUCUUCGUCCACCACGACAGCUUGGGAGGGAUGAACAAGCGCCCCGCCCGGCGGCUGUACUCGGUGUUGGCCAAGCUGAUGGGGAAGGAUGCCGCCGCGGCGGAGUACAGGGAGCACGCUGAUUCUCCCCUGCAGCAGAAUGGAUACGACUGUGGAUUGUUCGUGAUUGCCACUGCCAGGGCGAUCUGCAGUUGGUAUGAUGAACACCUCAAGCGCACGGGACUGAACGGAGACGUCGCAGCCGGUGAAGAGGAGCUUUGGUUUUCCGCGGUGAAGGAACAGGUGACGAAGGAGUCGGCUGGGAAAUUGAGAAGCGAGAUUCGCGACCUGAUCACAAGCUUGAUGGAGAGGAGAAAGAACUGA